ACUUUCCAGCACCUGCUUGCUUCAGAGGGCGACACUUCAGGGAUUACACUGAGGAAGUGCCAAGAGCCAGCAUUUCUCACUCCCCUCUCGCCUGCCUCCGCCCCCUGCACUGCUGCACAUACACACACACACACCCCAAUAUAGAAUGACAGCACACUGCCACAGUUUAAAUGACACUGCCUCUGCCUCUUCAGAAGGACGGGUCCUUCAGAGAGCACCAGCCACAACAGCUGCCUACCCUUGCAAAAAACAUCAUCAUGGCAUAUAAAGCUGCACAUCUGGCUUUUAAGUCGCGCUGGCACAAGACAGACGAAGAACUCUGUCGCCACAGCAUGUCAUUUGACUUACAUAAGGCAAUCCAGAAUGACUUCUUCCAGUGUUACCUUUAUCUGCUGGAAACUCUUCCCCUGGUGAAACUUUACGCUUUAACAAGCCAAGUUAUCAAUGGGGAGAUGCAGUUCUACGCCAGGGCCAAACACUUCUACCAGGAGGUACCAGCCACAGAAGAGGGCAUGAUGGGAGACUACAUUGAGCUCUCCAAUAUAGACAUUGAAUCCUCCAGGGAGUUUCUCAGGAAGUUUGUUGGGGUGAGUCAUUUAAUCCCAUCUUCUGCAAGAGACAGUAGCGAUGUGUCAUAA